AGUAGCUAGUUGCAGUCUUGCAGACCCUAUCGUAUUUCACGUACGUGUUGCUGUAUACAAAUUCAGGUUCUUGUGUGAGCGUAAGGUUUGAUGCGCUUCCAUUGUUACCCUGGUCUGUGUGUGAGGUUUAGGUUAUUAUGCUAUAUACAGCGGCACAUGUUGUUAACGAAAAAGAAAAGUUCUGGGUUGUCAUGCGGCUAUGGUUUGUCCAGCACUCUGCACUCCCAUCCUACUGUACUGCCACUGUUCCGCACGACUUUUGUCGCAGCUGGGCCACACAUGCACUGCACUCUCCCCCUCACUUCCUUGGGUGGGCGACCCUAGCCAAAGUGCAUUAUUGCUCCUCCCUCGGAUCCUCACCUUCGCUUCGCUUUUGCUCCGCCGCUGUUUCCACCGCCGAAACGAUGGAGGCGGUAGACCCUCUCGUGGAGGCCGCCGUGCUCUGGCUGGCGCAGACCAUCCUGGAGGUCCUCUUUGCCGGCGAGAUGGAGACAUGGAUUCGCCAGGUUGGGGUCGCCGACGACACCGAGAGGCUCAAGUCCGAGAUCGAGAGGGUGGAGGCGGUGAUCGCUGCUGUGAAGGGAAGGGCGGCAGAGAACAGGCUGCUGGCCCGGUCGCUCGGUCGCCUCAAGGAGCUGCUCUACGACGUCGAUGACAUGGUCGACGAGCUCGACUACUUCAGGCUUCAGCACCAGGUCCAGGGAGGUACGAUUGCUUUGGAUAAUCAGCCCCAAGGCAUGGAUUUAAAUGGUGGAGCACAACUAGUUGAUGGAUCGAGGGAUAACUCUGGCGUACCGAAUAGAAACGACCGCAAGAAACGGUCGAAGGCAUGGGAGGAAUUCAGCAUAACAGAAGAAGACGCUGAAGGAAAGCCUCUGAAAGCGGAGUGUAUUUACUGUCACACAGUGGUUAGAUGCGAGACUACUAAAGGGACAUCAGUUCUGCACAAUCAUCUCAAGAGUGUGAAUUGCAAGAGAAAACGUGCUGCGAUUGAACAAACGCCAAUACCUUCAAGUGAUGACGUUGGUGCACAAAAUGGUGCCACCAUUUCGCCUCAUGAUUCAGAUAGAAGAAAAAGAAUGAGAAGUGAUGAGGUGUUAGCACACAAAACUGCAGCUAACACACUCCUCUGGGACAAGGCAGACAUUUGCAACAGAAUCCAACAAGCAACUCAUCAAUUACAAAAGGCUAUCAGUGAGGUUCAGAAGCUACACGGAUUGGGCUCUGUUCCAAGUUGGAAUCUCUGUCAGAAUACAGCUGCCGAUCCAUGCCGAAGAACAUCAAGUCUUAUUCAAUGCAAAAUGUACGGGAGAGAUGAUGAGAAGAACUCCAUCAUAGAGCAUAUGAGAGGAGACAAGCCUGACAGUGUGAUUGUUCUUCCUAUUGUAGGCAUUGGAGGUAUUGGGAAGACAGCACUUGCUCAAAUCAUAUACAAUGAACCAACUGUGAAAAGCAUGUUUGAUUACAGAAUAUGGAUUUGGGUGUCUAGCAACUUUGACGAAGUGAGACUUACAACGGAGAUGCUAGACUUUGUUUCUCAAGAAAAGUGUGUAGGUAUAAGUAGCUUGGCUAAACUUCAGGAGAUCUUGGUGACUCAUGUGGCAUCAAAGAGAACUCUACUUAUUUUGGAUGAUGUUUGGGAUGACAUCGACAAUUCCCGAUGGAAUAAACUGUUGGCCCCUUUGAGAUCGGAAAAUGCGAAGGGUAAUGUGAUUAUUGUGACUACCAGAAAAUUGUCUAUUGCAAAAAGGAUAGGCACAGUCCUACCAUUUGAGUUAGGUAGUUUGCAGAAUGAAUAUUUCUGGUUGUUGUUUAAAACAUUUGCAUUUGGUGAUGAAAAUUACAAAGAGCACCAAAGUCUAACCAUUAUUGGUCAGCAGAUAGCAAAGAACUUACAGGGUAACCCAUUAGCAGCACAGACUGCAGGAAUGCUAUUAAGAGACGAUCUUACAACUGACCAUUGGAGAAACAUUCUAAAGAAGGAAAAGUGGAAAUCCCAGCAACUCAAUGGAGGCAUCAUGCAUGCUUUGAAACUUAGCUACAAUGAGCUGCCCUACUAUUUACAACAAUGCUUCUUGUAUUGUUCUAUAUUCCCCAAUAAUCAUCAAUUUCUUAGCAAUGAGCUGGUCUGUAUUUGGAUCUCACAGGGAUUUGUUAAAUGUAGCCAUUCAACUGAGAGAUUGGAGGAGAUAGGGCAGAACUAUCUCACUGAUUUGCGGAACUCUGGCUUCUUUAAGCAAGUUGAAACUAAAGAUCCCACUCUAGGUGAUCAAACAUUCUAUGUUAUGCCUCCUCUUAUGCAUGACUUUGCAAGGCUGGUUUCAGGAACUGAAUGUGCAGUUAUAGAUGAUCUAGCAUGCAGAGAAGUACUCCCAACUAUACGUCACUUGUCAAUUCUAACUUAUUCUGCGUACCAUGAAGAUCAAUAUGGGAACGUACUUCGUAAUGAGAAGUUUGAAGGAAAAUUGCGAAGAGUAGUUAAUUCAAUGAGAAAAUUGAGGACACUGGUCUUGAUUGGGAACUAUGACUACUACUUCCUCCAAUCCUUGCAAGGCAUAUUCCAGAAGGCACAGAAUCUACGGGUGCUGCAAAUUUCUGCAGCAUAUGCUGGCUUUGGCUAUUCUGCGUGCAAUUUAGUGAAUUCUACUCAUGUUCGAUAUCUUAAACUUAGUGGCAAAGAGGACAAUGAUGUUUUGCCUGAAGCUCUGAGCAAAUUCUACCACCUUCAAGUAUUAGAUAUUGGCUUGGAUAUAUGUUCUACUGUACCUAAUGGUAUGAAUAGCCUUAUCAGUCUACGGCAUCUUGUUGCAUCGAAGGCAGUGUACUCUUCAAUCAGUAGCAUUGGUAAAAUGACCUCUCUUCAGGAACUACCUGACUUUAAAGUUGACAGUCGCGCUAGCUUUGAGAUAGCACAACUUCAGUCCAUGAGUGAGCUUGCUGAGCUUAGUGUUUCUCAACUUGAAAAGGUUACAACUAGAGAGGAAGCAUAUGGAGCAAAACUGAGAGAAAAACUUCACUUAGAAAAGCUGCACUUGUCAUGGGCGAAUAAUUUGCCACAGGACAAAUAUGACAAUGACAUGAACUUUGAACCUUGUUUAAGCAAAGAGGUGCUUGAGGGUCUUGAACCACAUCACAACCUAAAGCAUCUUCAGAUUUCUGGGUAUUUCAGUGGUACCUCCCCAGAUUGGCUUGUUAGCACUGUCUCAGUUACAUGUUUGCAGACACUUCAUUUAGAGGAUUGUAGAGAAUUACAAGUACUUCCCUCACUAGAAAGGCUUCCACUUCUUACAAAGCUGAAGUUAAGGAAUAUGUGGAAAGUAAGACAAGUAUCAGUUCCUUCAUUGGAGGAGCUGGUGUUGAUUGAGAUGCCAGAGCUGGAGAGUUGCUCCUGCAAUUCAGUGAGGGACUUGAACUUGAGCCUAAGAGUACUGUUGAUUGAUAGAUGCCGUGUAUUGAAGGUGUUUCCUCUCUUUGAGAGCUGUGCAAAACUCAUAAUCGAGCAAAAGUCAUGGUUGUCCGGUCUUAGCGAGCUUACCGUCCAUGACUGUCCUAAUUUAACAAUAUCACAUACUCUACCACCUUCAAGUAGUGUUUGUAGAUUGUCCAUCACAGGAGUUUCAACACUUCCAGGGAUGAACGGAUCAACCAAUGGAGAAUUGACAAUUAUGGGGUAUCAUAACUGUGGUUGGGAUAUUUUUUCCGGAAGUCCUGAUAAGCCAACGCAACUGGAUGACAAUUUUUUGUCAUUCCAUCAUCUCUGGGCCUUAACUAGCUUGCAACUAGAAGGCUACCGAACAAUAUCGAUUUCACUCGGAGGUUUCAGGCAACUCGUCAGCUUGAAGACUUUGGAAAUAAGGCGCUGUAGUAAAGUUUUUUUCUCUUCAGAUGUUCUGCCAGAGCAUUCUUGUGAAGACAUGGCAGACGCGAAUUUCAAUGCUCUCCCAUCUCUCAAGCAUCUCGAGAUUUUUAGAUGUGGAAUAACUGGGAAGUGGCUAUCUGUGAUGCUGCGACAUGCACGGGCCCUAGAGGAAUUGGAUUUGUGGUAUUGUAACCAGAUAUUAGGACUGUUGAUGGAAGAGACAGGGAGCCGUUCAUUAAAUCACACCUCAAUGCCACGAGCUUCAUCAGCUAGUAAUCCAGAUGGACUCGUGCGCAUUCCGUCAAAUCUCAUCCCCUCUCUCAAGAAAAUAAUUAUUAAGUGGUGCAAUGAGCUAACAUUUCAGCGGGACAAGGAUGGCUUCUCUGUAUUCACCUCCCUUGAGAAGGUAACAGUUUUGGGAUGCCCCAAGCUGAUCCAGUCUUUGGUGCACAAAUUUGAAAACAACGACCAGCGAAACGGAAGAUGGCUUCUCCCGCAUUCACUUGUCGAACUUGAGAUCAGCGGUUCCCCAGAAACACUGCAGCCCUGCUUCCUAGAAGAUUACAACUGCCUUAAAAAGUUACAAAUAGGCUACAGCUCAAGUUUGAAAUUGCUCCAGCUGCAUUCGUGCACGGCACUGGAGGAGUUGGUGGUUGAUGGUUGUGAAUCACUCGCCGCACUGGAGGGUAAUUUCACGUGCCUCAAGGAAUUAGUACUGCGCGACAACUCAGGGUUGGAAUCACUACAGCUAUGUACCUGUACAGCGCUGGAAGCCUUGACGAUUGAAGAUUGUGCAUCCCUUGCCGUGCUAGAGGGGAAUUUCACCUGCCUCCGAAAAUUAGAACUGCGGCGCAACCCAAGGCUAAAAUCGCUGCUGCUGCGGCGUUUCAGCACAGCACUGGAAGAAUUGCUGGUUGACGAUUGUGAAUCGAUCGACACACUAGAGGACUUCGGAGCCCUCAGAGGUCUCAGGUAUUUGGACGUAUUCCGCUGCCCUGGCUUAUCUCAUUGUCUGGAGCGCCUGUCAAGUCAGGUCUACGAGCUGUGCGCUGGACUGGAAAGGCUUGGCACCGAUGAUUACUCUUUCCUCGCCACGUCAUUCUGCAAGUGCCUCACCUCCCUUCGACGCCUAGAGUUUUGCGAUCGUCAGGGGAAAGUGAGGAGAAUGACAGAUGAGCAAUAGAGUGCGCUUCAGCUCCUCACAUCCCUGCAGGAUCUCCGAUUUGGGUAUUGCCGCAACCUUACAGAUCUUCCUGUGGGUCUGCAUAGCCUUCCCUCCCUCAGGAGGUUGGAGAUCAUUUAUUGCUGUCGUAUCUCAAGGCUGCCACAAAGGGGCCUCCCACCUUCACUGGAAGAACUGAUAAUCAACGGCAAUAGUGGGGAGCUAACUGAGGAAUGCAGAAUGCUGGCAACAACAAUAAGCAAGCCAAGGGUCAAGGUCAAAAUUGGUGGGAAAUAUGUGAACUGAUUUCUGGGUGGUGGUUAAGCAGACUUGUAUACCGGCGCGGCGGGUUUCACUUUGUUGCCUUCUAAGGCAUUCAAGCUGCUGUACGUUCUACUACUACGAUUGACUGUCUUCCGGAUCAGUCUCAUGGAACUGCAUGUUGUUCAGGAAAGCGUUCGCCGUCCCCGCCUCUUCGGGAUCACUUGUUGCAGGGCUCAUGUUUGCCAAACAAGUGGCCAGAGGUGUGGUUCUUUCUACCCCAAAGCAUAAAAAAACUGAAUUUCUCGUGCCAGAUUCUACAAUGGUUUUAUUUCGCUUAUGAACCUUGUCCUCACGGGUUCACAUUGCUGGAUGCUAAUUAUUUUGUUCACAGUUAUUCAUCUCAUCAUGCAAACUGAGAGCUGAAGGCCUUAUUAUUUUUAUUUUCUUGAUUACAUACUGAAGGGAUCUAGCAUGUUGCAAAAACUCUUUUCCUAUCUUAAUAUAAAGAUGCGCAAUUCUCUUGCAUAUUCGAUAA